UUCAAUUGAUAUUCGAAUACGGAAGUGGUUGGUUACCUCUGUUGUUGUCACUUUAUUUGCGAAACAUAUUCAAUUGCCUCUUUAGAACUAUGUAAAAACGAUACAAAUUAUGGUGAAGAGUUUGGUUUCCCCGUAUUAGAUUUCUCUAACUCUAAGCAUGGCUUCGAGGGGAGAUAAAGGGAAUGGAAAUGGCGAAGAGCAGAUCGUCGAGACGCUGGCGGAGGUAUUCCGGUGCUUCAUUUGUAUGGAGAAGCUGGUUGACGCGCACCUAUGCCCUCAUUGUUCGAAGCUCUGUUGCUAUGCUUGUGUCCGGCGCUGGCUGACGGAGCAGCGGUCUCAGUGCCCUCACUGUCGCGCUGCACUUCAUCUGCACGAAUUAGUCAACUGCCGUUGGGUAGAGGAGGUGACCCAACAAAUAGAAACCAUGCAACAAAGUAACUCAGCUAGUCAACGAGAAAGCUUCAGGGACAGGUGUCCAACGCACCAGGAGAAGCUGACGGUGUACUGCUGGACGUGCCGGCGCUGCAUCUGCCACCAGUGCGCGCUGUGGGGCGGCACGCACUCGGGCCACACCUUCAAGCCUCUGGAGGAGGUGUACGAGCAGCAUGUGACUCAGAUCCGCGACGAGGUCUCGCAGCUGCGGCGUCGGCUUAUGGAGCUUAUCAGUCUUGUACAGGAUGUUGAACGCAACGUAGAGUCGGUACGCGCGGCGAAAGACGAACGCGUGCGUGAGAUCCGCAACGCAGUAGAGCUGAUGAUAUCGCGGUUGGACUCUGCGCUGAAGGCCAAGCUGCUGACGCUGAUGGGACAGAAGAAUAGCCUUACGCAGGAAACGGAGCAGCUCGAACAUCUGCUGCAAGAGAUCGAGCACCAGCUACAUUCCAGUACAAGAUCUGAAUUAAUAGCAAAGAGCGGAGAAUUAUCGAAGAUGAUACAUCAAGUUCGCAAGAAGCCCAUGGCCAGUUUCGUGACUGCUCCAGUGCCCGCUGAUUUCCACAGUGAAAUAGUGCCGAGCUACGACAGCAGCACGUUCCCGCUGUCGGGGUUCACGCAGCUGCAGCACGCGGCGGCGCCGGUGUACUCCGCGCCGCUGCACGUCAACGGCCUCUGCUGGCGGCUCAAGGUGUACCCCGACGGCAACGGCGUCGUGCGCGGCAACUACCUCUCCGUCUUCCUCGAGCUCAGCGCGGGCUUGCCGGAGACCUCCAAUGUACCAUCGGUGGGUACAUUCAGGUACGAGUACCGCGUGGAGAUGCUGCACCAAGUGUCGCGAGACCCCAGCAAGAACAUCGUGCGCGAGUUCGCGUCCGACUUCGAGGUGGGCGAGUGCUGGGGGUACAACCGCUUCUUCCGCCUCGACCUGCUGGCCAGCGAGGGCUACCUCAACCCUGACGCCGACACACUCAUACUCAGGUUUCAAGUGCGACCCCCCACCUUCUAUCAGCGUUGUCGGGACCAACAGUGGUACAUCAAUCAGCUGAUAACGAUGCAGAAUCAACACAUUUUGCAGAUAAAUGAUCUCAAAGAACGUUUAAGUUUGGAAAUGUCACGUAACUCGAUAGCGGCGACGCGCGCGCCGAGUAGCGCCGUGCCGUCGCCUAGCAACGGCGAGGACAACCCCGCGCAGAACAACUCCGUGGACGGAGCCCUCAACGACUCCCUGCUCUACGGCAGCCAGUGGAAGUUUAACACCACGCAGGGCAUCAUCAAUGGACAACGACUCACCAGUCCAGCGGGAAUUCUAAACACGUCCCUAUUCCUGGACGACACGACGCGCAACAAUGACGUGUCGUCGCAGUCCGGCUACGGGUUCGGCGACUACGCGCCGCUCGACCGCCGCCUGCACGCGCACGCGCACGCGCACGCGCAGCACGCGCUCGACGCGUACAACCUGCCAUCCACUUCAAGGUCUGCCAGUUCCCUGGCGGCGGGCAGCGGCACGGCGGUGGGCGGGGCGGGUGUGGGCGGGGGCGGCGCGGGGGUCGCGGGGGGCGCGGACAGCAUGGCGCUGGUCAGCCUGCACACGCUGCUGAGCGCCGCGCGCCCGCCCGCGCGACUGUCGCGACACGACAAGCUGCGAGCGCCCGCGCAGCCCGCCCCGUCCGCCGCGCCCGCUGCCCCGCCCAAGGACACCGCCCUCACUGCGGUAGCCAGCAGUCCAGUGACGGAGGUGACUGUGGCGACGAGCAGCGCGGCGCUGUGCGCCUCCAUGUCCUCGCCCGAGCUGAACUGCGCGGGGGCGAAGUCCGAGGCGGUGCUGGAGCCGUCGCCCGACGCCGCGGAGAGCCCCAACGCCACGCAGAGUCCCCACGUCGCCUCAGAAACUAGUAGUGACACCGGUGAACUUAUGUUCACGGAGCUUGAGAGUUUGACAGAAGAUAUCAACCCCACCAAUGUUGAUGAGAACUCUAACGAGGAAAAUGAUGUUGACGAGGAAACAAUGUCUGACGGGUCGUCGGGCAGCGGGUCGUGCGAGUGGUGCGCGCUGGGCGGCUCGCCCGCCUCCCCCGCCUCCCCGGCCUCCCCCGGCUCGCCCGCCUCCCCCGCCUCACCCGCCUCACCCGCCUCCCCCGGCUCGGAGAGGUGUGGGGUCGGCAGCGGGGGGCGGGGCGUGCCGUGCGCCCGCGCCGCCUACCGCCGCGCGCGCGCCCGCCCCAAGCCGUACGCGCCGCGCCGCGCCCCCGGUUGCGAUGCUUGCGAAGAUAAUUAUCAAUAAACACAUAGAACAUGAACGUUCUCGAGUUUUUGAUGUGAUUCGGAAGAAGUUCAUAAUCGCUUUUAGUUCAUUUUAAAUUAAUGUAUUUUGUUACUUCAUUACAUUACACUUCAAAAUAAACAGU